UGUUGCUGUGCAAUAGAGCCAUGCAAACCAGAAAGGAAGUUAAUGUGAUCAUGCAAAAUGAGAACAAUUUCACAAGAACAGCACCCCUGCCAACUCAAACCAAAUCUAAAACAAAAUUCCACAACUGAAACCCAAAACACAGCAAAACAUGCCAGAUGCAAAAGAUCUCUGCAAUGAGUUACCCGGGCUAUCCCCCAGCGGGUGGAUACCCACCAGCUGCCCCAGGUAGCAGUCCUUGGGGUGGUGCUGCCUAUCCACCUUCAAAUCCACCUCCAAUUGGUCUGGAAAAUGUGACUGGCUAUGCCAACCAGUUCAAUCCCAGCCACAUGGCUGGAAUGGCAUCCAACCUGGCAGGGACCUUUGGAGGGACAAAUUUACCACAAAGCAUGUAUCCUUCCACACCUGGGGGUUAUCCACCAGUUCCUCCAGGUGGCUUUGGGCAGCCCCCGCCAGGACAACAGCCGUCGUACGGAGGGUACGCUCCACCUGGGGGAAAUCCCCCAUCGGGAAUGCCACCCUACCCAGGGUACGCGGGCGGCCCUGUGCCAGGCCAGCCCACACCACCGCCUGCUCAGCAGCCCAUGGGCUAUCCAGGACUUCCAGCAACACACCCAGGGCAGCAGCCCAUGCCAAGUUAUCCAGCAGGUCCAGCUGUGAACCCGUCUGUGCCCUCUUACUCAGGAGCUACAGGGCCUGCAGUCACUCCUGGAACACACAGAAACCGAGGUACAAUCACUGAUGCACCGGGCUUUGACCCUCUGAAGGAUGCAGAAGUCUUAAGGAAGGCCAUGAAAGGAUUCGGAACCGAUGAGCAGGCGAUCAUCGAUUGUCUUGGAAGUCGUUCAAACAAGCAAAGGCAGCAGAUAAUCCUGUCCUUCAAAACAGCUUAUGGAAAGGAUUUGAUCAAGGAUCUCAAGUCUGAGCUCUCAGGUAACUUUGAGAGGACAAUCUUGGCAAUGAUGAAGACACCUGUCAUGUUUGAUGCUUAUGAAAUCAAGGAAGCUAUAAAGGGUGUUGGCACAGAUGAAAAUUGUCUCAUUGAAAUCUUAGCUUCCCGCAGUAAUGAGCAUAUUCAGGAACUCAACAGGGUCUAUAAAGCAGAAUAUAAGAAAACUCUGGAGGAAGCAAUAAAAAGUGACACGUCUGGACACUUUCAGAGGCUUUUAAUUUCACUUGCUCAGGGAAACAGAGAUGAAAGUACAAAUGUUGACAUGUCUGUUGUCCAAAGAGAUGUACAGGAGUUGUAUGCAGCUGGAGAGAACCGUCUAGGAACUGAUGAAUCCAAAUUCAAUGCCAUUCUGUGUGCAAGAAGCAGGGCCCACCUUAGAGCAGUCUUCAGCGAGUACCAGAGGAUGUGUAACCGGGACAUCGAAAGCAGCAUAUGCCGCGAGAUGUCUGGGGACCUGGAGAUGGGCAUGCUGGCAGUAGUUAAGUGUCUCAAGAACACGCCAGCUUUUUUUGCAGAGAGAUUACAUAAAGCAAUGAAGGGAGCAGGAACAAAGGACAGGACGCUGAUCCGGAUCAUGGUAUCGCGCAGCGAGGUCGACCUGCUGGACAUACGUGCGGAGUACAAGCGGAUGUAUGGCAGAUCCCUCUACUCAGAUAUCACUGGUGAUACUUCAGGAGACUACCGGAAAAUCCUACUCAAGUUGUGUGGUGGAAAUGACUAAAUGGAGCCAUGAGCUUUUCUUAAAAAAAGCUGCCCUUUUCAUGUACUUGCUGCAAAGCAUCUUUUUUCUCCAUAAGUAAAUAUGUAAUGACCAGUUUCUUCUAAAGCAAUUGCAUUUAAAAUAUAAUACUGCAUAUAUCUUCAGUUCAAAAGUAGUAGGUAAUAAAUGCCAAGCCCCCCCAAAAUACCAAGCAUAUGUGCCAUCUGCUCAGGAUUCUGUGUAGUACCCUCAGCAAUCCAUGAAUGGUCAUUAUUUCUUUUCUGCUUAUAUCAUGUUGAAAUAAUGUUUGUUUAAUGAAACUAAAUCACAGUUGUAUGAUUUUAAGGUGUUCUUUUGUAUAAACAUUGAGUGCCAUUUUAAUGCAAGUUUUAGAUCUGUUGUAUGUAGAGUUGGCUUUGGGCUAGCCCUCUUCCUGAUAUGUGGAGGUAGCAGCCUCAAGGUUUUGUGUCUAGCUAAGACUACUUUAAAGAAGUUUUGUCAAGUUCUGUUUUUUUACCUUGAUUCUUUUCAAGGUAGAUAUGUUCCACAUUUCAUUCUUUCUAAGGCAGACUGUCAGAAGGCAGGAGUAAUGUUGACAGUAGUAAAGAUUCUGUCAUUAAUGUUUAAAGGUUUCGGAUUGUGCCUUAAAAAAAAAUAUAUAUAUAUGUAAGAAGAGAUUAUGAAAUUAAACCUAAGUCUUUGCAGACUGUGCCUUUUGGUGUUCAUAUUGAUGUAUGUGAGUGAUAACUCAGUUUAUGUAACUUAGCUUUUCCACAGAAGUUCUCUUCCACAAGAUUAUUCAGAAAUUGUUGUUUUGAAUAGAGUUUGGAAGUUGUGUACUGUUGAUGAGCAAUUGUCUGUACAUGAGACAUGUAAUCUGUAGUUAUUCCUCAGUAUUUUCAUUUUGCAUGUUGUAAUUUCUCUUACUCUUGGAACUCUGGGUUUUUAUUCCCUGCUGGCAUGGAUGACGUCUCUUCAGCCUGUUGUUCUCAAAAUAAAAGCAUGUAAAGGUAAAAAGUA